CUGAUGUUACUCUCAUAAUGUCAAUACGUUCUCUCUUUGUUUUCAUUGCCAUCUCUCCAGGUGAAAAAGAUUCACUGCAAAACAAAAGUAAGUAAAAGGAAAAUAAAGCCACUGAAGAACUUUGUGCAGUUUCAUUAGCACUCAUGCAAAUGGUUUUGCUUACAGUAAAGUUCUAUUUAAUGCAACUUACAGCAAGGAAACACUCACAAUACUUUGCUCUCAACAGCAAGUUAACAUCUUCAAAGAGAAGAUACUAAGAUACUAAUAGAAUAACUAUCUUGCUUUCAGCAGAGUUGUUGCACUGACGAACAAAUAAUCCAUCUUAAGACAUUAUCUCAAAAUCCUAGUUGAUCAUCUGCAUCUGUUAUUCUCGUUCUCAGCUAAACAAAAUAAUGAGAGGCAUGACUUUUUUGGGGAAGAUGGAGAUGUGCAUGGACACUAGGAAACACAGAAGAAAGAGAUCCGUUAAAAUAUUGAACUUGAGAAGCUUGAAGCUGUCCUUUAUGUUAACCUCUUAUUUCUCGGUACAACCAAGCUUUCCUGCUGAAGUUUAUAUCAUUUUGUUCAUGCAAUUUAACCUGUUUUAUUUCGCUCCCUUCCAGUCAUUUCUUGGAGCAAAGGGAGUAAAUUCUGAGAAAAGAACAGGUCUGCUUAAGCGUUAGAGUCAAGAUGCUUAGAUCUGUGUUACCGAAUAGGUGAAAUUUUUUAGUUUGCAGAAUGGAGACAAUGUUGACAUUCACUACAUGCAUAGAAUGAAGCUUCGUUGGAAUAGACUAUUUUAGAUCGUAUGAUCAAUGGACUUCAAGAUACUAUCACAAAGAUAGUUUCGUCAAGUCACAGAAACUUCAGUAGAUUGACUAUGUAUACGGUAAAAAUCGGACAUAUGCUAGACCGGUGAGACCGGAGAUCGAGGGAAGAGAAAAACAAGCACGAGCAUUUACUUUCUUUCGGACCGGAAAGUGCUUGAUUCGAAGAAAGCGAAGGAAAUCGUUUGGUCCGGUUUCUCCAUAGCCGAGUUGAUCGUGGCCGUUGGUCUGGUUGUUCGUGGCCGUUGUCCCGGUUGUUCGUGGCCGUUGGUCCGGGUGAUCCGUUGCACAAUUGCCACGCGUCAAGACCGUUCUGCCACAUUGUACUGCCUGUCGUACGGGUGUCAGACCAUACGACCCAACCUUAUCCUUUUUAGGGUUUUUCUUUAUUCAAAAGGGCUUUAUGUUGUAUGAGGCCCAAGAGGCAUAACUAUAAAUAGGGGGCAUUACCCUACUUUCAGGAGUUGGAUUCUUCAGUUCUAGAACAUUGUAAUAGCAAAAUAUAUAAAAUCUCCCCCUCUCAUUCUUUGAUUUUAGUCCGGAUUCAGUGUGUUCUUCUUUAGCUUUAUUCAAUUAAACAAUAUUCAUAUAUUAUUAAAUACAUAUAUUUAGUGCAAACCAUCGAUUAUUAUUCACUUGCUCAUAGAAUAUCCAUAUAUAUCUUUUUCAACCAAAUAGAUUAAAGUUCAACCACAUAUCCUAUACCUCACUCUCAAAUUUAAUUGAUUACCUAAAUUCGGGGUAAACAGUUUGGCGCCCGCCGUGGGGCUAGGAUAAUAGUGGUCUUUGGUCUUGAUUUCUAUCUUACCCGUCAGAACCGAAAAUAUCUUUUAUUCGUCUCUGUGAAAACGGAUCAAAUGGCUAACAGUGGACAAUCUGGUCACGUCAACAACAACGAGAUUGUGGCCGAAAAUGAAGAUAGUGGGCCACGAGGAUUACCGGCAAAUCCCGCUGACCCGAAUCCCGUUAAUUCGAGGGAGGGCCUCAACCGGCAAAACACCGUGAAUCAGGAGAAUGCUGCCCCGCCGGCCACUGAUCCUUUAAAUACUCACAACUCAAUUACUUUGUCCCGGACACAAGGCCGGAAAGUACCGGAUACCCCGGAUGAUAAUAUUGACUUACGUUUAAUUUUUGAAAUGUUGCAGGAACAGAGAGCAGCAAUUGCUGAAUAAGGAAUCGCAAUAGCCCAGUUGCAAAACAAAAGUGAUAAAAUGGCCCCGGAGAGGGCGAAAGGUGUUGCUGAACCCAGAAGGGACGAGACGCGAAUGGUCGAGAGUAAUAGGUCCGGAGCUGGUUCAUCCACCGAGGCUCUGAGAAUGCUCGAAACUUUGGCGAAGCGGGUAGACUCGACCGAAAAGAGGGUGGAAACAUAUAACUCUCGGGUGGACCAAAUCUCGGGGGUUCCGCCUAUUCUGAAAGGACCAGAUUCGAAGAGGUACAUUCAGAGGCCUUUUCCUUCGAGUGCGGCUCCAAAAUUGAUCCCGAAGAGGUUCAAGAUGCCGGAUAUCCAGAAAUAUGACGGCACAACGGACCCUCAGGAACACGUGACUUCAUACACCUGCGCUAUAAAAGGCAAUGAUGUGGAAGAGGAUGAAAUUGAAUCCGUGUUGCUGAAAAAGUUCGGGGAAACUCUGUCAAAGGGAGCAUUGACUUGGUACGACCAUCUGCCUGAGCAUUCAAUCACUUCUUUCGAAAUGCUCGUCGAUGCGUUCAUAAAAGCUGACGCCGGUGCCAAAAAGGUGCAGGCCCGUAAGGAUCCAUUUUCCGUAUAGCCCAGAGGGAUGACGAGUUAUUGCGUGAAUUUGUCAACCGAUUCCAAAUGGAACGAAUGGAGCUCCCUCCGGUUCCGGAGGAAUGGGCUGCACAAGCUUUCACCAAAGGGCUCAAUCCUCGGAGCUCGACGGCCUCAUUCAAACUAAAGGAAAACUUGCUGGAAUACGAGGCUGUGACCUGGGCGGAUGUCCAUAACUGAUACGAGUCGAAGAUUCGGGUAGAGGAUGACCAACUCGAGCUUCCCCCGGGGCCCAUAAAUAUGAACAAAAGCUCGGAGAGAUCGCGAACGAAUUACGAACCGGAGUCCAGACCGUCGAGGGAAAGGUAUCGGCCAUACUCUCAUUCGGAAAAGCCAAGCUUCAGGUCGGAAAAAUCAAGGGUUGGCCCGAGCCAUUUCUCUGGGCGGGGUGAUAAACGGGCCGAGCGCUCGUCGAAUAGUCGAGGUCUUUUAUUCAGGAGCGAUGCCGGAAGCUCAGCCAGCAACAAAGACUUGCCGAGGAUAUCGGAGUACGACUUCAACGUCAACAUCGGACCUCGUUUCGGCUAUUGGCCGUAUCACAGAUGUAAGAUGGCCAAGACCACUAAGGUCAGACCCGGGGCAACGGGAUCCGAGCGUGAUGUGUGAAAAUCAUGGAACCCAUGGACACAGAACUGAGGAUUGUCGCCAGCUAAGAGAGGAGGUGGCUCAGUUACUGAAGAAUGGCCAUCUCCGAGAAUUGCUAAGUGAACGAGCCAAAGGUCACUACAAGGAAAGGGAGUCUCAUAAACGGGCUGGACCAGUAGAGCCUCAGCAUAUAAUCAACAUGAUAAUCGGGGGUACCGAUACCCCACGAGGGCCGGUGAUGAAACGGACGAAGGUUUCUAUUGUGCGUGAGAAGCGCAGCCGGGAUUACUUACUUGAGGGUUCCAUCUCACCUGAGGGUUCCAUCUCUUUCAGCAACGAGGAUGCAGAAGGCAUCAUUUAAUCGCACAAUGAUGCAUUGGUAAUCUCUGUACUUAUUUUUAAAACACAAGUUAAACGUAUUUUGAUUGACCCAGGUAGCUCGGCCAACAUCAUCCGGUGGAGAGUGGUCGAACAGCUAAGGCUACUCGAUCAGAUCGUACCGGUAGCCCGGGUGCUCAGCGGGUUCAACAUGGCGAGCGAAACCACGAAGGGGGAGAUCUCUUUGCCGGUUAACAUUGAUGGCACUAUCCAGCAAACGGUGUUCUAUGUAAUCGAAUGAGAUAUGAAGUAUAAUGCAUUGAUGGGUAGACCUUGGAUACAUAGCAUGAGGGCCGUGCCGUCGACAUUACAUCAGCUGCUGAAAUUCCCGACUCCGGAGGGGAUAAAAACCAUCCGAGGUGAACAGCCUGCUGCAAGGGAGAUGUUCGCGGUCGAGGAAGCGACACCUCAGCCCAAAAAAUCGGAUCAAAAGGAAGAAGAUUCAACCGGGGAAAAGGAUACCAAAUAGCAACUAAAGCACACGGGUUCAACAACGGAGCAGAAGGGGUCGGAUCCAAGAUAUGAAGAGGAUGAUUUCGGUGUACCCAGAUCUUUCGUCUUGCCGGAUGACUCGGAUGCGACCAAAUCAACAGUAGAGGAAUUGGAGCAAAUCACCUUGUCCGAAUGUCUACCGGACAGAAAGGUAUACCUGGGCACGGGGUUAACCUCGGAGCUCAGGAACAAAUUAAUUAAAUUUCUUCGAGCUAAUGCCGAUUGUUUUGCAUGGUCCUAUAUAGAUAUGACAGGUGUGCCACCAGAAGUAACAACUCAAAAGCUCAGCUUAGACGGGAGGUUUCCCUCGGUGAAGCAGAAGAGAAGGCUCAUGGCAGAGGCGAAACACGCCUUCGUAAAGGAUGAGGUAAUGAAGCUUUUAAAAAUAAGCUCUAUUCGGGAGGUAAAGUACCCGGAUUGGCUGGCUAACGUAGUAGUGGUGCCGAAAAAAGGUAAUAAAUUUCGAAUGUGCGUUGAUUAUAUGGAUCUAAACAAAGCAUGCCCGAAGGAUUCAUUUCCGUUGCCUCACAUCGAUAGAAUGAUCGAUGUAAUGGCCGGGCAUGAGAUGUUAAGUUUUCUCGAUGCUUACUCCGGGUAUAACCAAAUCCGGAUGCACCCGGAGGAUCAAGAGAAAACAUCCUUUAUUACCCGGUAUGGGGCUUAUUGUUACAAUGUCAUGCCUUUUGGAUUAAAAAAUGCUGGUGCAACUUACCAACGCCUAGUUAAUGGAAUGUUCGAAGAAUAAAUAGGGAAAACAAUAGAAGUUUAUAUUGACGACAUGGUGGUUAAGUCCCUGGAAACAGAGGACCAUUUAAAGCAUUUGCAGGAAACCUUUUGUCAUGACCCAGCUAUGGGCCGCAACGGUUACCCGGGGCUAACCACCGAGCACCGCUCGUUCCAUUUCUCAUCAUGCUCAUUUGGCUCUUUUAUCACAUUUAUACUCAAAUUGUAGGAAAAUCAUAUUUCAUAUGGAAACAUAAAUACUUUUAUAUACAUAUGCCUCUCGGCCAUCAAAAUAAUAUAUAUUCAUAAUAUCCUCUCGUGAGACCAUCUAACCCACACUGCGUAUCUACGAGCCUCUACUGGAGUACUGAACAUGAAGACGGGACAAGACCCCGUCAUGCCCGAAAUACAUAUACAUGAAUAUACACAAAAGAAUGAUCAAGCACCUCCAGAACAAAGGAGUGCUUUCAAUUAGCUAGCAACUACUACGGAUCUGGGUCAAGCUCUCCUCCCUGUUUACCUGUGGGCAUGAACACAACGUCCAAAGAAAACGGACGUCAGUACGAACAUUGUACUGAGUAUGAGAGGCAUAAACAAUGAAAUAAGACAAUGAUACAAAGGCAAUAUCAAUAUGAAACAUCUGUAUCUGACUGUCAAAUAUAAAAGAAAUAAUGCAUGCUGUCUUACUCAUACUCAUCGUCAUAUCAUAUAUGCAUAAAUGUAUAAGCUGCCCGUCCAUAUCGGAUCGGUGUGAUAAUCAUAACACUAGCCUGCGUCCAGGCCAGUGUUGUUAAAGGCGAGCGCCUUCUCGCCUUUGGCGAGAGGCGUGGCGUGGCGAGGCUGCUGCGCCUUUUAUGGCCAUGGCGAGCAGACCUUCAAAAGGCGCGCCAAUGGCGAGAAAGACGCUAAUGGCGCCAAGGCGAGGCGCCCAGUUAUGGCGAGGCGAGCAGGCCUUUAAAAAAAAAACAAUUAAAAGAAGUGGAGGACGGAAAUAAAAAUAACAGCUAGGGUUUUUUGUUUGCCUCCUCCUCUCUUCUCCUUCAAGGUUUCAGGUACGUCUCUUUCUCCUUCUUCUUUUUUCUUCAGUUCUUCUUCUUUCUUCCUCCUGUAUUUUCGACUUCUGCUUCUUCUUAUGUUCUUCUUUUUUUCCGGCGACAACUGGCCUAUUUCCGGCCACCUCUGUUUUUUUUUUCCUUCUUCUAUUCUCUUCUUCUUUUUCUGUUUUUUCUCCUCUGUCUUUUUACCCUCUGUUUUUUUCUCCUCUGUUUUUUGCUCUGUUUUUUUCUCCUCUGUUGUUUGCUCUGUUUUUUCCUCUGUUUUUUUUUCUUUGUUUGGACCAGUGAGGCAGUGGUUGUUUUGUUCCUAUUUUUUCUGUUCAAUAAUUGUUUAAAUUUUGUUAUACAGUUAUAAACAGUAGGUUCAAAUUCAAUGGAAUCGUCGGACGCUAGAAAAAAAGACAUAGGUUGGAAUUAUGGUACCAAAGGCCCAACAAAAGAUUCAGUCACAUGUAUCUUUUGUCGAGGCACUUUCAAUGGUGGAAUUACUCGACACAAACAACAUUUGAUUGGUGGCUACAAAAAUGUAAAAAAAUGUGCAAUUUGUCCGCCUGAAAUUAGGGAAGAAGUAAAAAAGUAUGUUGAAAGUAAACAGUUGUUAAAAACUCAAAUGUUGCACCAAGCAUCCUUGGCUAAUCUCUCUGAUGAAAAUGAUGCCUCUUGGCCCUCCUCUCUCAAAAACUCAAAAAAUGUCAUCCCAUUAUCAUCCACGGCACGGACUGCCAAUGUGAAAGGUCCCAUGAAUCUUUAUUACCCGCAAACAUCAAAGGGGAAGGGAAGCAGUAGCACGGCAGCGUCUGAUGCAUCCAAGAAGUUGCUAAGAGAUCGCGCUGUAAGUGCUUUUGCAAUAUGGAUAUAUGAUGCAGGGCUCCCUUUUAAUUGUGUAAAUCACAAAAGUUUUGAUAAAUACAUUGAGGUCAUAGGACAAUAUGGCCCAGGAAUGAAACCUCCUACCUAUCAUGAAAUUAGAGUUACUCAUCUAAAAAAAGAGGUGGAGAAGAUAGAUGAGAUUAUUGAGGAACAUAAAUUGAAAUGGACAGAGUUUGGGUGUUCAAUUAUGAUGGACAAGUGGACAACACGAAAUGGAAAAAUGAUCAUCAAUAUUUUGGUCAAUUCUCCAUUAGGUAGUGUGUUUCUUGGGUCAGUCGAUGCUAGUGAUGAAUCUACAAAUUCACCAAGAUGUUCAACUUGUUUGAGAAGACUAUUAAGCAAAUUGGACCGGAAAAUGUUAUACAAGUUGUUACCGAUAAUGCUAGCGAGAAUGUUAAAGCCGGUGACAUGAUGAUGGGUGUGUACCCGCACAUUUAUUGGACUCCAUGUGUUGCCCAUUGUAUCAAUUUGAUGUUUGGUGACAUCUUCAAAAUAAACCCGUAUGCUUCAGGUGAAAAAAAAAUAGCUCUAACUUUCUUUAUAGCUUGUACUAUAUGCUUAUUACUUAUUACUUAGCUACUAAAAUAUUCCGUUUUACAGUUUUUCAUAAGGCCAUUAAGAUACAUUCUUACAUAGCAAUGAGGCCAUUGUUGUUGAACAUGAUGAGAAGAUAUACAAACCAAAGAAAUUUGGUGAAACCGGCUAAGACAAGAUUUGCAACGGCCUUCUUAACUUUGCAAUCUUUUUACAUGCAAAAGAAAAACUUGAGAACUAUGAUCUUCUCAACCGAAUGGACAGAAAGUAGAUUUGCAAAGGAACUUUUGGGAAAAGAAGUUGUUAGACAUCUUACUUCUACAUCUUUUUGGAAUGAUGUUGUUAGGGCACUUAAAGUUGAUUCUCCUUUGAUAGUAGUGCUUCGCUUGGUGGAUGGAGAAAAAAACCCAUCAAUGGGCUAUAUUUAUGAAGCAAUGGAUAGAGCCAAAGAAGCUAUUGAAAAGGGUUUUCAUGGUGAUCGGAAGCAAUAUGAGAAAGUUUUCGAAAUCAUUGAUCGGCGGUGGACGGACCAACUUCAUAGACCUUUGCAUGCAGCAGGCCAUGUUUUGAACCCGGGAAUGUUUUACACUAAUUAUCAAAAUAAGACUUUAUCAACAGAAGUGUGGGAAGGUUACCUUGAAUGUGUUGGUAAGAUGGUCCCUAAUGCAACACAAGAUGCUCUCGUCAAAGAGCUUCAUACGUAUAAACAUGCAUUGGGGACUUUUGGUAUGCCUCAGGCUAUAAGAAACAGAGACAAAACAUCCCCUUGUAAGUGGGUUGAUUUAGUUAUUUUUAUAGCUUUACUUAAGUUAUUUGACUUAUUUAUAAUUAUUAAACCUUUAAUUUUUUUUUUAUAGCUGAAUGGUGGUCGGUAUUUGGUAAUCAUACUCCAAACUUGCAACAGCUUGCCAUAAGAGUAUUAAGUUUAACUUGUAGCGCAUCCGGAUGCGAGAGAAAUUUGAGCGUGUUUGAACAUAUUCAUACCAAAAAGAGGAAUAGGCUUGAACUAUCGCGUCUCAACAAUCUAGUGUACAUUAAGUACAAUAGAACAUUGAGGCGUCGUUAUGAUGUUGGCGAUACCGUUGAUCCAAUUUUGUUGGAUAAUAUUGACGAAGCAAAUGAAUGGUUAAUUGGAUGCCCCCAAAAUGAAGAAGAGGAACUAGUAUAUGAGGGAUGUGAUCUUGAUUGGGGUACUGUUUCUAGGGCGUCUGGAGUUGAGGAGAAUAUCUAUGGUCUUAGGGGCGGUUCUUCAAGUUCAAGGUCACAUAACAAGGGCAAAGGAGUAGCUACUAUUGCUAGAAGCUCAAGUCGGUCUCGGUGCUUAAUUGAUGAAAACUCCGAGUCCGAGACCGAGACCGAGCCCGAGGAGGAAGAAGAUGAGGAGCAAUAUAAUGUUGAGAAUCUUGGAUAUCAAGAAUUUGGAAAUCUUAAAGAUCUUGAAUUUGAAUAGACUUUUAGUAUUGCACUAUUGCUUUAAUUUUAGUGUUGCUUAUCUUGUCACUUAUGAAUUAUUGAGUCAUUGACUCAUUCAAGUUCUAAACUUUUAGUAUCUACUAUCUACUUUUAAUUUUUGAAUUGAAAUAUUUGCUAAUAUGUUAUUGCUAGUGAGAUUUUGAUUAUUUACAUAUGCAAUUAAAUAUUUUAAUUUUUUGGUAUUUAUUGGCGCUGCACUUCAAAAAGGCGAGCGCCUCGCCGCGCGCCGCGCCUUAAGGCGAGGCAGGCCCUUGUCGCCUUUUGUCGCCGCGCGCCGUCCAAAACACUGGUCCAGGCCUCCCGCGUCCGGGGUAUCAUCUCAUGCCGCCCACUAGUGGUGUCUGCCCAUGCCAUCUGGCCAUGGUGUAUACGCUGCCCGCCUUAGCGGUGACUGCCCGGCCAUAUAGGCGCGGUGUUAUAUCACAAUAUGCUCAUGAUAAUAUACUCAUCAUAAUAUGUUUAUCAUAGUACAUGCAUAAGGCUCAAGGACAACUAUACUUUAUCGGGGUGACGUAAGGUCGUGAUCCCCGAAUUUCAUUACGGAGCAUUCAUUGACAUUCUGCCUCACCUUGAAGGAAUUAGCAUAUAAGGUGAGUGUACGCAAUAAAUAACAUCAUAAGAUCAUCAUAUCAUACAUUUUAGAAUCUCCAUACUUUAACUCAUAAUCAUCAUUAUAGGACUCAUAGCACAUCUCUUAUCUUGUGUAGCUAUUCAUGGACAUAGACUUUUAGCUUUCCGGAAUGUAGGAAUUCAUGAAGAGGAAAGAAAGUCGUGCUAUAGGAUUCAUGCCAUUAGAAAGAAAGGACUAGCCUCACAUACCUUUCUCGUUUAAUUAGUCUAUCGUUCGCUUGUUCUCCUUCAAGGCGUACGUUCUACCUUCAAGAGAGAAUUCGCAUUAACGUUAGUUAAUCGACUAUAAGAACGCGCUACUAUUUCUAGGGGAAAUUGAACAGCAUUUCCUUUGUUUAUACUACUUUCCCCACAUUUUAUAUCAACUCUCAAACGUUCAUAACAACAUUCUCAAUAUGAUAGACAACACUCAUCAUUCGUUUACAAUAUCCGUAUUUCACAAUUUGUCUUCAAUUUCUCCAUAAUCAUGGUCAUGGUUCAUUAUUGCAUUUUUCUCACAUAGGAUACUUUUUCCAUGUUCUAAAUGUCAUUCAUAACAUUUUUAUAAUCACAAAUUAUCAAUGACCGUGGCUCAAUUCAAACCUUUACUCAACAUUGCUACUAUUCACACUUUCAUGAUCCAUUUCUUACAUCCUUCUAUAAUCCAAGUGUUUCAACUCUUCCAUACGCUAAACAACAUGUAAAUGCCAUAAAACUUACCUUAGAUGUUGUAGGAACAAGCCUUGAGUGGUAUUACUCUUCUUGCACCAAAACCCUAGUUUACUUCUCUUGAAAUUUCUUAACUUGGAUGAACUUUGAUGAGUUCCACACACUUGAUUCACUUGGACUCUUGAUAUUGAUCUUUGAUUUCCUUUGUUUUCUUGUAGAUGAAGAGUAGAGAAUAUUCUAGAGGUUUCUAGAGAGAAGUAACGUGGAAAUGAAAUGAAUUAAUGAGCUUGGGUCUCCUUUUUAAUGACUUAAAAUCUAAUCCGAAAUGAACAGUAGUUGAAGUGCACAGUGGUCGUAAACCCAGUUUACGGUCCGUAUUCCAGUUUACGGUCCGUAUUCUGCGGGCGUAUUUAAGCAUAACAGAACCAGAAAGGUAGGCUAAGGACAUGGUGGUUUAUGACUCAGUUUACGGGCCGUAUUUCAGUUUGCGGUCCGUAUUUCAAGUCGUUUUUAACCAUUUAAGUCUUUGGCAGAAAGUUAAAGUUUUGUAAGUUGAAAUACGACAUGGUAGUUUACGGGCUGUAUACCACUUUGCGGUCCGUAUUUCAUUUUACGAUCGACUGGGCCGAAGUGCAAAUCUGCAACUUUCACGUCUUCAGAACCUAUAAUUAGUCAUUGUGGAGCAUAACUUAUCUCUUAUUCCCAUUGCCUUUGAAAUCUUACUUAGGGUCGUCAAACGUCAUUCCCUUCUGAUUAAAACAUCGUAUACUCGUAUUCUUCGUUAGUCUAUUCACUGUACGAGAUGGGAAAUUUCUGAGGUGUAACACUUUUGAUGUACUCCGCAAGUACAACAUGAAGCUUAACCCGGAAAAAUGUGCCUUCGGUAUCCGGUCCGGUAAAUUUUUGGGUUUCAUGGUAUCAAACCGGGGAAUUAAAAUUAACCCGGAUAAGAUCAAAUCCAUCGAGGAUAUUGAGGUGGUGAAUAACGUCAAAGGAGUGCAGAGGCUCACUGGAAGGAUAGCGGCGCUGAGUCGUUUCAUAUCGAGGUCCUCGGAUAAGAGUCAUCGCUUUUUCUCCUUACUAAGGAAGAAGAACGACUUCGUUUGGACACCGGAGUGUCAAAGAGCUUUGCAAGAAUUGAAGAGGUAAUUGUCCAGCCCGCCGCUACUGCGCACACCAAAAGCGGACGAGCAGCUUUUUCUCUACCUUGCCGUCUCCGAGGUAGCGGUAAGUGGUGUUUUGGUCCGAGAAGAAUCAGGUACGCAAUUCCCCAUAUACUAUGUGAGUAGAACUUUAGGGGAUGCGGAGACCCGUUAUCCCCACUUGGAAAAGUUGGCAUUGGCAUUGGUAAGCGCUUCUAGAAAGCUCAAGCUUUACUUUCAAUGCCAUCCGAUAUGUGUAGUGACUACUUACCCCCUAAAAAACAUCAUGCAUAAACCGGAAUUAUCGGGUAGACUAACUAAAUGGGCCGUAGAGAUUAGCGGAUAUGAUAUCGAAUACAAGCCUCGGACGGCCAUCAAGUCCCAGAUCUUGGUCGAUUUUAUGACGAACUUCACCCCGGCUAUGGUCCCUGAGGUUGAGAAAGAACUUCUGCUAACCUCGGGGAAAGCUUCGGGUAUUUGGUCGCUACACACGGACGGAGCCUCGAACCUCAAAGGUUCCGGGCUAGGAAUCAUCCUUAGAACCCCCGCCGGGGAUGCCGUUCGACAAUCCAUUAGAACUGUUAAAUUGACUAACAAUGAAGCCGAGUAUGAGGCUAUGAUUGCAGGUUUGGAAUUAGCCCGGAGUAUGGGGGCCGAAAUAAUCGAGGCAAAGUGCGAUUCUGUCUUGGUCGUCAACCAGGUGAAUGGCGUCUUCGAGGUCAAGGACGAACGGAUGCAAAGGUAUCUGGAAAAAAUCCAAGUGAUACUACACCGGUUUAAAGAAUGGACCAUGCAGCAUGUACCGAGGGAGCAAAACAGCGAAGCCGAUGCAUUGGCCAAUUUGGGAUCUUCGGUCGAAGGGGAAGAAAUCAACCCCGAGACUACGGUGCACUUGAUGAAUUCAGCGAUAGAAAACGGGCAUGUCGAAAUAAACACAAUGGGUUUAACUUGGGAUUGGCGCAACAAGUACGUCUACUACUUGCGAGACGGAAAAUUCCCGAGUGACCCAAAAGAAUCACGGUCACUAAGGACAAAAGCUGCGCGUUUUUGCUUGGUAGACGGCCAACUGUAUCGACGGUCUUUCUUCGGACCCCUGGCCAAGUGUUUGGGUCCCGGAGAAACGGAGUAUGUGAUGAGAGAAGUGCAUGAGGGGACCUGCGGCAACCACUCCGGUGCUGAAGUCCUGGUCCGAAAAAUUGUCAGAGCCGGUUACUACUGGAACCGGAUGGAGGAAGAUUCAAAGAAUUUUGUUCGGAAAUGUGACGGAUGUCAAAGACAUGCCCCGAUGAUUCAUCAACUCGGGGAGUUGCUGCAUUCGGUGGUGUCACUUUGGCCUUUCAUGAAGUGGGGAAUUGACAUUGUUGGUCCACUGCCAUGGGCACCAGGUAAAGCCCGUUUUAUUUUGUUUAUGACUGACUAUUUCUCCAAAUGGGUUGAAGUGCAGGCCUUCGAAAAAAUUAGAAAGAAGGAAGUCAUUGACUUCAUAUGGGACCACAUCAUUUGUCAUUUCGGCAUCCCAGCCGAGAUAACUUGUGAUAAUGGUCCUCAGUUCGUCGGCGGCGAAGUCAAUGAUUUUCUCGAAGGGUUGAAGAUCAAGAAAAUCGUAUCAACUCCAUAUCACCUGUGUGCGAACGGACAGGCGGAAUCCACGAAUAAAACAAUAAUUCAAAAUUGAGGAAAAGACUUGAAGCGUCAAAGCAUCACUGGAGGGAAGUACUACCGGAGGUAUUGUGGUCUUACAGAACCACAUCGAAAUCAAGCACGGGAGGCACCUUUCUCGUUGGUCUACGGGGCCGAAGCCCUCAUUCCCGUAGAAGUUGGUGAACCGAGUCUCCGGUUCAGGUAUACCACCGAGAAGUCAAACGAGGAGGCCAUGGCCGUAAAACUCGAUCUCACGGAUGAACUUCGCGAACACGCGUUGGUCCGUAUUGCAGCCCAGAAGCAGAGAAUGGAAAGGUACUACAAUCGGAGAGCCAAUUUUCGACAUUUCCAAGUUGGAGACUUGGUGCUUCGGAAGGUUACCUUGAACACCAAGAAUCCCAACGAAGGAAAACUGGGUCCGAACUGGGAAGGACCGUACAAGAUAACCGAGGUAACAGGCAAAAGAUCGUAUCAGCUGGAAUCCAUGGACGGGCAACGGUUGCGUAAUAACUGGAAUGUGGCUCAUUUGAAGAGAUACUACUGCUAAGGUAUGGACACCUCGUGUUUUUCUAUUAACCCUUUUCUUUUUUGCAGGAAGUCAAGUACCGGAUAAAGUUAGAAUCUAGGUCUGAAAACACGUGUUGCACUCUUUUCCUUAGUACGGUUUUGUCCUAAAAUGGGUUUUUCGACAAGGUUUUUAAUGAGGCAACAAGUACAACGUGUUACUUGACAAAGACAAGGACAAACACCCAGAAACUCGGGGCCACACCCUACGAGUGGGGACUUGAUAGUGCUUACCCCAUCUUGCAGCUCGGGUAAUCACUAGGGGACUACUAUACCCACAUCGAGGUUUACCCCGGUUAAUCGAAAACGGAGGAGCUCAACAAACCAAAACCGGACCUUCUGUAUUAGGUUCCGAUGUAAGGACCAAACGAUCAGAAUGAAUCGUGUCCACUUAGUAUUUGCUACGGCAAAACCAAGACUGGACCUUCUGUAUUAGGUUUUGAUGUAAGGACCAAACGAUCAGAACGAAUCAUGUCCAUUUAGUAUUUGCUACGGCAAAAGCAGAAGGAAGCGGAAAAAAUUCUCAUAUCAUGUACGCACAAAUACUUGCAAUAUAAAGAUUAUCGAAAAGUUCGGAUUACUGUAUUUCGGAUGUCUUCUUGUUAAAACACCCUACCCCGGUGAUCACAGCCGUAUUUCGGCAUCGCUUCAUUCAUAUACCCUAUUCCGGGCACUACGGUCGAAAUUCGAC